AAGUUGACAUCCCCUCCAGGGUAGCACACGCAGACUGACACACUCAGGGUUUUCUCUGUCGCCCAGUUCUCUCUCUCAGUCUGUCAGUGCUUCACUCGCCGUGACAUCAACAGAAACUCACACAGAGGGACUGAACAAACAGUCCACCACUUCAUCAAUCAACCAUUGAGGCUCAACAGAGGUAUUUUGUUUCCCAAAGAUGAAUCAAAAGGCUGAUGUCAAGGCCAUCAUGGCUCGCUUUCAAGGAGGGACAAGCUUUGACGAUACGUCUUCCACAUCAGCUGGAACUAGCAAACAGCCUCUGCACUCCACCCCCUCCUCUGGUCCACUUGUGCAGAAGAAAUCACUUUUUGAGACCCCCUCAAACACUGGUUCUUCCAAACCCCCUUUUCUGAGAAACACUGCACCCAGUGAAAAUGAUUCUGAUACACGUGACACGAGCAGACCCAAAACUACCUUAAGCAAGUUUUCCAACACCCAGGAUGAAACCUCACCCACCAGCAAGCCUUUAACUGUUCUCAAACCCACAUUUGGGAAGCCAGCUGCUGUAAAUUCUGCUGAAAUGAAAAGUCCUACACAGAAGGUUCCCUUCUCCAAGCCCCCUGUCAUCUCCGUGCUGUCUGAACCCAAACUUUCUUUUCCAAAACCCUCUGUGUUAGCUACCUCCAAGCCUAGCUGGGUGAAAGAAGAUAGCGUUGAGAGUACACCAACAAACACAAGCCCCACAGCACACAAGUUACCCGGUGUGCAGCAAAAACCCUUGAGCAGCAUUGGAAAAUUACGGCAGCAGAAUGAGGAUUCAACAGGAACAAACACAGAAACUGCAAAUAAACCCUCUCCCGCUCUAAGCACGACUCCGAAACCCAUGACCAACUUCAAGGCUGCCCACAGCCUCUUCAACAAGGAGAAAGAUGCAUCUGAGCAGACAGACAAUGGGGCAGCAAACAAAUCCCUGGGUACCGGCACUAACUCCAAUCUUCAACCAAAACUUCCCACCACAAAAAAGCCUAGCUUUAAGAGGUCAUUGAACCCCUCCCAGGUCAACGGAGAUGGUACAACAGGCCCCAAAAUAAACCCCCUCCCAAACUCUUUAGCUUUGGGUGCAGCCCCUGCCAAACCUAACCGACCUCCCAAAGUCAACUUGGAGCCAUUUGAACAGGGUGCUAAAAGUUCUGAAAAAGUCUCUGAUUUUAAGAAACCUGUCGUGCCACCUCCUGUGCCAUCUCCUCUCACAAACCCAAUCAGCCCUGCAGUUCUACCUCCACCUCCAUUGCCCAAUCUGCCCCCGAGACCUCCUGAACCCACUAGGAUCCAGCAAGAUGACAUCUAUGAUGAUGUUGAUGGCGGUCCUCCACCUCUGCCACCAUCAACAGAUCACCCAAGUCUGAGGGCAAAGGAGAGUGACGACGAGGAAGGAGAAAUGUAUGAAGAUCUGGAUCAACGAUGGGAUGAAAACAGUCAAGACAAGAAAAAAGAUGACAAGGAAGAAAAAAAGAAAUUGGAGGCAGAGAAGAAGGAGAAGAAGGAGCGUCAGAAGAAGGAACAAGAUGCCAGGAAGAAGUUCAAGAUUUCGGGAGACAUAGAGGUCAUCCAUGAAGGAAACGCACUUGUGGACUGCAAAGGCAGUAAGACCGACCUGGCCCUGAAGAAGGACCAGCAUCUGGACAUUAUUCGUGUCAUGGGAAACCCAGAGGGAAAAUGGUUGGGGCGGACAUCGGAUGGGUCAAUUGGUUAUGUAAAGACCACCUCGGUUAAAAUAGACUUUGACGUCCUGAAGAAUAUUCAAGCUCCACCAGGGUUUGAUCCAGAAGUCUAUGAUGACAUUGAUGUGAUUUCACCUGAAACUGGAGGGAACAAAAAAGCAGGAGUUGUCUUACCUCCACUACCGGGAGACGAAGGAGGAGAAAUAUACGAUGAUGUGGCCGAUCCAAACCUGGACAUUAGUUCAAUCGAUUCCAAGGCUGCUGCCCUGAAGCUACAAGGUUUUCUGCGGAUGUUUGACCGAAACAGACGAUUUUCCAGCAUGAAAGUACUGCCUCCACCCAGCCAGUUUUUAACAGAGCGGAAUUCAGAAAAACCAGGGGCAAUUGAUGAAGAGAUAUAUGAUGAUGUGGACUCUCAUACUGCACCAGCGCCUCCUCCCCUUGUCAGCCUUCCAGGUCUCAAAGGAAGAGGCAAAAUUGAAGACGUGGAUCCAAAGAAACAGAAAAAAUUCGAGAAAGAGGAGAAGGAGUUCAGGAAAAAGUUCAAAUAUGAGGGCGAGAUAAACGUGCUGUACCAGGUGAGUGUGGCGGCCACACUUACAAACAAGAAGUGGGGAGGAAAAGAGUUAUCAUUAAAGCCCGGGGAGAAACUGGACGUCAUUGUCAAAGCGGUGGAUGACAAACUGAUCUGUCGGAAUGAAGAUGGGAAAUUUGGUUACGUUUCAACCGCUCACAUUAUGGAUGAUGGAGAAAUAUAUGACGACAUUGGAGGAGAGGAUUGCAUCUAUGACAACGACUGAGAGGCAUUCUGCUCUGGCACAUUUUUUUCAAAACAGUUCAUUCAUGUGUUAUUUAUUGUGUGUAAUUAAAAUGUGUACACUAGGAAUUACGGUACUGUAUAUUAGCCUGAUGAUCACAGUCAAUCAGUUACCAUUUCAAAGACAUAUAUCAACCUGAGAUUGUAGACAGCCUAACAAAUUCCUUGGAACAACAGAUUUUGAGUUUGUUUACAUAAAGAAAUGAAUUAAAUUGGAUACAUGCAGCAUCUUAACCAAGGGAAAACACUUGUUGGGGCAACAGUAUUUAAAUAUUUCUUUAUUUUCUUUAUCUUUCAAGUUUAUUACAAUUGCUAACAUUUAAACUUUCAACAUUUUUCCCCUAUUUGAGUUUGUCAAGUUUUCAAAAUAAGAGCACAUCUAAGAGUGGGACAAUGAAAUGCUAAUUUUCGAUCCAAAUUUAGUAGGAAGAAGAUUUAAAAGAGACUUCUGCUUUUGCAUUAUGGAACCUUUUUAUUAAAUGCUUUUCGUUGUUUGUAUUUUUAAAUCUUUGUCAAGCUUAAAAGCAUACAAGACACACCUGAGACAUAAGAAAAUAUGCAAAGAUGAAGAUUAUUGACACUUUCAACACUCCAGUAAGAGUCCACACCAUCGCAGAAUACUAUUCACAUCAUUACUUUCCAAACAGAUAAUAUAUACUCAGAACAUAAUUUCAAAACUGAAAUAAUCAUGGAAAAAGGAAGAGUUUAUGUCAGAUUUAAUCGAACCAGUUUGUAAGUAAAGUUUUAAGAUUGUGAAGAAGUGCUUUUGUAAAAAUAUCACAAUUUUUAUUUGUAUUUUGUAACAUUGCUAAAUGUAUAAAUAACUGCCAUUAAAGCUGUCCUAUUCA